CCUGUGCGACGGGUCCAGCGGCAGCGGCGCCGGCGCGGGGACAGACGGAGGCGCGGGACGUGGGGCGGCGCCGCGGGCAGGGCCGGGCGGACGGGCGCUGGCAGCGGGGGCAGCUCUGCGGGCCGCUCCGAGUGGCUGCAGUCCGGGCCUUGCCCUCCCAUCCUGCUCCCACGCCGUGAGUGCGCCGCGCGGGCCCCAAGGGUGCGUCUGGUCCUCCUGUGUAUCGGGGUGCGGGUCCUGGUGCUAGCGGCGGUGUGUGGGUCCGAGCGUCUUUGGGUGGGGGCGCAGAUGCUUUUCAAAAGCUGUUCCUGUCUCUGUCCACGUGAGGCGUGUCCGUGUCUGUGAGAGCAGCAGGGGAUUCUUUGGGCUGUGGCUGCUCACGUGAGGCUGGUGUGAGUGGCAGGAACCAUCUGUGGUCACCAUGGCAAAGAGGGAGGACAGCCCUGGCCCGGAGGUGCAGCCAAUGGACAAGCAGUUUCUAGUAUGCAGUAUCUGUCUGGAUCGGUACCGGUGCCCCAAAGUUCUGCCUUGUCUACAUACCUUCUGUGAAAGAUGCCUCCAGAACUACAUCCCUCCUCAGAGCCUGACAUUGUCCUGUCCAGUGUGCCGGCAGACAUCCAUCCUCCCAGAACAGGGUGUCUCAGCCCUACAAAACAACUUCUUCAUCAGCAGCCUCAUGGAGGCCAUGCAGCAGGCACCUGAUGGUGCUCACGACCCUGAAGACUCCCACCCCCUCAGCGCAGUGGCUGGCCGCCCUCUCUCCUGCCCCAACCAUGAAGGCAAGACAAUGGAGUUUUACUGUGAGGCCUGUGAGACUGCCAUGUGUGGCGAGUGCCGCGCAGGGGAGCACCGUGAACACGGCACAGUGCUGUUGCGGGAUGUGGUGGAGCAGCACAAGGCAGCUCUGCAGCGCCAGCUUGAGGCUGUGCGUGGCCGAUUGCCACAGCUGUCUGCAGCUAUCGCCUUGGUUGGGGGCAUCAGCCAGCAGCUGCAAGAGCGCAAGGCAGAGGCCCUGGCCCAGAUAAGUGCCGCCUUUGAGGACCUGGAGCAAGCUCUGCAGCAGCGCAAACAGGCUCUGGUCAGCGACUUGGAGAGCAUUUGUGGGGCCAAGCAGAAGGUGUUGCAGACACAGUUAGACACACUGCGCCAGGGCCAGGAACACAUUGGCAGUAGCUGCAGCUUUGCAGAGCAGGCACUGAGACUGGGCUCUGCCCCUGAGGUUUUGCUAGUAAGAAAGCACAUGCGAGAGAGGCUGGCUGCUCUGGCAGCUCAAGCCUUCCCAGAGAGGCCACAUGAGAAUGCCCAGCUGGAACUGGUCCUUGAAGUAGACGGGUUGCGGAGAUCGGUGCUCAACCUGGGGGCACUGCUCACCACCAGUGCUACAGCACACGAGACAGUGGCCACUGGUGAGGGCCUGCGCCAGGCACUGGUUGGCCAGCCUGCUUCACUCACUGUCACCACCAAAGACAAAGAUGGGCGGCUGGUGCGCACUGGCAGCGCAGAGCUCUGUGCAGAGAUCACUGGCCCCGAUGGCGUGCGCCUUGCAGUACCGGUGGUGGACCACAAAAAUGGCACAUACGAGCUGGUGUACACUGCACGUACAGAAGGUGACCUGCUCCUCUCAGUGCUGCUCUAUGGACAGCCGGUGCGUGGCAGCCCUUUCCGUGUGCGUGCCCUUCGACCUGGGGACCUGCCACCUUCCCCAGAUGAUGUGAAGCGCCGGGUCAAGUCUCCCGGCGGUCCUGGGAGUCAUGUGCGCCAGAAGGCAGUGCGGAGGCCGAGCUCCAUGUACAGCACUGGUGGCAAACGGAAGGACAAUCCAAUUGAGGAUGAACUCGUCUUUCGUGUUGGCAGUCGUGGAAGGGAGAAGGGUGAAUUCACCAAUUUACAAGGUGUGUCUGCUGCUAGCAGUGGCCGCAUCGUGGUAGCAGACAGCAACAACCAAUGUAUUCAGGUUUUCUCCAAUGAGGGCCAGUUCAAGUUCCGAUUUGGGGUCCGUGGACGCUCACCUGGGCAACUACAGCGUCCUACAGGUGUGGCAGUGGACACCAAUGGAGACAUUAUUGUGGCAGACUAUGACAACCGUUGGGUCAGCAUCUUCUCUCCUGAGGGCAAGUUCAAGACCAAGAUUGGAGCUGGCCGUCUCAUGGGACCCAAGGGAGUGGCUGUGGACCGGAAUGGACAUAUCAUUGUGGUGGAUAACAAAUCUUGCUGUGUCUUCACCUUCCAGCCCAAUGGCAAGCUUGUUGGGCGUUUUGGAGGCCGUGGGGCCACUGACCGCCACUUUGCAGGGCCCCACUUUGUGGCUGUGAACAACAAGAAUGAGAUUGUAGUAACGGAUUUCCAUAACCAUUCAGUGAAGGUGUACAGUGCUGAUGGAGAGUUCCUCUUCAAAUUUGGCUCGCAUGGCGAGGGCAACGGACAGUUCAAUGCCCCCACGGGAGUAGCUGUGGAUUCCAACGGGAACAUCAUCGUGGCCGACUGGGGCAACAGCCGCAUACAGGUAUUCGACAGCUCUGGUUCCUUCCUGUCCUAUAUCAACACGUCUGCAGAGCCACUAUAUGGCCCACAGGGCUUGGCAUUGACCUCGGAUGGCCACGUGGUAGUGGCUGAUGCUGGCAACCACUGCUUUAAGGCCUAUCGAUACCUCCAGUAGCUGCACAAGGGCCCUGCUUGGCUCAUGGAGGGACGGACAUAGGGGUGAUUGGACAAGAGGGUCUGGCUAAGAGGUGGGCUAGACCCGGCAGCACUGAAUGUGGGCUAUGGGCAUGGGUGUGCCCGGUGCCCUUCCCUUCCUCCCCAACCCACGGUUGCACUUUAUUUAUUCGGUUCUUGCUUUGGUGACUGGGUGGGCCUGGACUGGUCCCAAGGAUGUGUGCAGAGCUUCACCCUAACCCCUUUACACACCCCCCUUACACCCUCAGUCUGCUCUCUGACCCCCAGCCUGGGGCCAGAACAGCCUCUUACUUCAGAAGUCCCUCUGGUUGUCUCCCUACCACCCCAUACACACUGACAGAGACAGCAAUACCCCACCCUAUAUUAAAUAAACGUGUUCGCCAAGGUG